UCAGUCUAUAAAAUAUUCAUGGUCCAAUGAAUGAAUAGUAUAUCCAUUCUUCAAAUUCCAAAAUGGCCACACUCAAAAUCACAAAGAAACAUCACAAACACCUAAACAAUCCCUUCAAUUCUCCCCCACAGUCUGGCCCUUUUGUUGAAGGGAAACUGUUCUUUAAUUCGCAGACACUUCCUUCACACCAGAUCUUUGACAUUGGUAAAGAUUUUCAGGUGAAUUGGUCAUCAACGGAUGGAGGCUCUCUUUCAAUAUCUCAUAAGUCUCAGCCUGCAAGACACAUAUGGUCUAGUGUUCCAGGACAGGCUUUUGUGUCUGCAGCAGUUGCAGAAACUGAGGUGGAAGAGAGCAGAGGAUCAUUUCUUGUCAAAGAUAAUGAGGUUCAUGUGGUAUGUAAUCAUCAAACAAUUGAUUGUAUUAGGGCAGUAGUGGACGAUUCUGAUGUCAGUGUUGAUGUGACAGAUCAAAAUCUUCCAUCGUUUUGUGGUGGAAAUGCCACAAAAAUGGCAGAAAAUGGUCGUCAGUCCCCUGCUUUGAUGCUGACAGGAAAGAUUAUCGGUUCAAAGAAAUGGAAUAAGAAAGUUCAAGAUCCUAAAAGCAGUUCCACCGCAGGUAAUUCGGAGGACUGUUCUAUUUUUGCAAAAUACUGCAUUUUGUUUGAUCAGAAGAACGGUAAUCAAGUUGGAUUUCAAGUGAGGCUGGGGAAACCAAAUGUGGAACUUCGCCAAAGAGUUUCUCCUAAAAUCUACAAGGGCUUUGCCAGGAAGUUAACUGGAAUUCGGAGACGCAGAAUUGGAUGGAGUAGAUUCUGCUCGAAGAGGAAAGUGUGUCUAGCUGUUUCAUCAUCAUCAUCAGACGAGGAAAAUGUAGUAAUGAAGGCUGCAAGAUUGACAGACUUCAACAGAAUUUGGCUGACAUAUGAAAGUGAAAGAAGUGAGAGAUUUUAUGGUUUUGGAGAGCAGUUUUCUCAUAUGAAUUUGAAAGGAAAAAGAGUACCAAUUUUCGUUCAAGAACAGGGAAUUGGGAGAGGAGAUCAACCAAUCACAUUUGCAGCCAACUUGGUAAGCUACAGGGCAGGGGGUGAUUGGAGUACAACUUAUGCUCCUUCUCCAUUUUAUAUGACAUCAAAGAUGAGGUCCCUUUACCUUGAAGGAUACAAUUAUUCAGUCUUUGACCUAACAAAGCAUGAUAGAGUUCAAAUACAGAUCAAUGGAGACUCUGUUCAAGGUAGGAUAUUGCAUGGCAAUUCACCAACUGAGCUGAUCGAAAACUUCACAGAAACUAUUGGAAGACCUCCGGAACUUCCUGAGUGGAUAAUAUCUGGUGCAGUUGUGGGAAUGCAAGGUGGAACAGAUGCCGUGCACAAUGUUUGGAAUCAGCUACAGGCCUACAAUGUACCAAUAUCUGCAUUCUGGUUACAGGAUUGGGUAGGGCAGAGGGAGACAUUGAUAGGCUCACAACUAUGGUGGAACUGGGAGGUAGAUUCUGCAAGGUAUAUGGGAUGGCAGAAACUAAUCAAAGAUCUUAGGACUCAACACAUCAAUGUGAUGACGUACUGCAAUCCUUGUCUAGCUCCGAUGGAUAACAAACCUAAUGUCAGGAGAAAUCUCUAUGAGGAGGCAAAGAAGUUGGACAUACUAAUAAAAGACAAUCAUGGAGAACCUUAUAUGGUUCCAAAUACAGCUUUUGAUGUGGGAAUGUUGGAUUUGACACAUCCAUCAACAGCAAGCUGGUUUAAGCAGAUUUUGCGAGGCAUGGUGGAUGAUGGAGUCAGGGGGUGGAUGGCAGAUUUUGGUGAAGGCCUUCCGGUAGAUGCUCACCUAUAUUCAGGUGAAGAUCCAGUGGCUGCCCACAACAGGUAUCCAGAGCUUUGGGCCAAACUCAACAGGGAGUUUGUGGACGAGUGGCGAAAUUCUCAUAGUCAUGGUACAAAGGAACAGCAAGGCCAAGAUGAUGGGUUGGUUUUCUUUAUGAGGGCUGGGUUCAGGGACAGCCCCAGAUGGGCAAUGCUGUUCUGGGAAGGGGAUCAAAUGGUAAGCUGGCAAACCAACGAUGGCAUAAAAAGCUCAGUGGUUGGCUUGCUGAGUGGUGGAAUUUCUGGCUAUGCCUUGAACCAUAGUGACAUCGGAGGCUACUGUUCAGUAAAUUUACCAUUUUUCAAAUACCGAAGAAGUGAAGAAUUGCUCUUGCGGUGGAUGGAGCUAAAUGCAUUCACCACUGUGUUCCGAACACAUGAAGGAAACAAGCCAUCCUGCAACAGCCAGUUCUACACAAACCACAAAACAUUGUCACAUUUCGCACGCUUAGCAAAAAUAUAUCAAGCCUGGAAGUUUUACAGGGUUCAACUAAUAAAGGAAGCCUCCCUAAAAGGUCUACCUGUAUGUCGCCAUCUAUUCCUCCACUAUCCAGAUGAUGAACGUGUUCACAGCUUCACCUAUGAGCAAUUUCUAGUUGGUACCGAGAUCCUAGUUGUGCCUGUUCUUGACAAGGGGAAGGGAACUGUGAAGGCUUAUUUCCCAGUUGGAGAAAGCUGCCUGUGGAAGCACAUUUGGACAGGAAACCUGUAUUCACAGGGUACUGAAGCUUGGAUAGAAGCUCCAAUAGGGAAUCCUGCUGUUUUUGUCAAGGAUGGUUCCCUUGUUGGAGAGACCUUCCUGAAAAACCUUCAGGAAUAUAGUUUACUAUAAAGACUAAGCAUUAGGUCCAGAAACGGAAGAUGUUCAAAUAACCAAUUGCCUCCUCAACAAGGAAACUUGUAGCAUAAUAUCUCUCCAUUUCAACUUUCACUACCUUAGGAAGUUGAUUCUUCGUGUAGAUAACAUGUAUAUUUCCAAUUCAAUGUAAUUAAAGCAUUUUGAGUUUAAAUAUGAAUGUCAAAUUUCAAUA